GGGGUGGGUGAAACAAGCGAUGAUGAGUCGAACACAAGCGGCUUUUCUACUCAUGCAUUGAAUAACGCACCCGAAAAUGAAGGGGUUACCUCUCCACCAAAAGAAAGUUCACAGGUCCAACAAAGGACGACGGAUGAUAGAUCGAGUUUUACCGGUGUUCAAACCAUUGACAAAUGCUUACCUGAGCUGGUAGAUGCAAGAAUUACCCAAUCUGUGCAAAUUCCGCGUGCGACUAGUGCAGAUGGGCCUAUAGCUUCUCAAGUGAUGAAUAAUCGUCCUUUGCAGAGGGCAUCAGUUGGUACGAUUCAGCAGAUUGUCACUGUACUCUCGGAGAGCUGGACUUAUGCUACUAAUUCAUAGAACCACAUUUCUGCUGAACCUAAUUACUAUCAUCACCUCACCAGCUCUUGCGAGUCAGAAGGCGAGCACGGAAGGGCCAAUGCUAAAAAAGCAUUGCCUUUGAAUGAACACAUGAAUUCUGAACAGGCUUUCAAAGAAAAGUUUGGUUUUGAUUUCACAAAGUUUUCCAUGAAUCCUUUCAGUAAGUCGUACCUGAAUCUGGGUUCAAGUGAAGGAAGAAUGGAAGAGAAUAUGGGAAGAAAGUUUGAUUCGUGGCUUUCUUCCUCUUUAUACGGAAGUUGGGCUACGAAAGUAAAGGACGAAAGCCCUCAUGUCGUAUGUAAAUUUGGUUAGUGUGGGCAAGACUUUACUCUACAGGGCAAUCCCACGUCAUCUAAUGUCGUUAGACAUCUCAAGCGUAAGCACAACCAUGACUUUACAUUAUUCAGCAAAGCCUUGAGUGGAAAUGAAGAAACGGUACAUUCUUUCUCCACAGUUCGUUCAACUUCUCCCAGAUCCAUUCCUUUGACCAAAAGGUUUGUCAAAUUUUGGGCUCUCAACGAUUUAGCUCCGUGCGUACAUUGAAGGCUUCAUACCGUUUAGCCGGGUCGAGGGCCUUUGAUGAGACGCUAUCUGCAGAGUCUCAAUAGAGCUCAUCGACCAAUCAUUUCAUCGCGCAAGGAACUUGCCAGAAUUUUGAGAGACUAUGAAAACGAGUUCAGCAAGCAACUGAAGCACACUUCACGAAACUCCUUCAAUUUCAACAUCUUGAUAGACAUGUGGACGUCUGCAGGCCAAAAGAGCUAUUUGGCCGUCAUGAUAACACUCGGCCCUAACUUGAAAACGAAGUCACGCUUGGAUAGGAAUGCCGUGGUUGCUUGAAGAAAUCAAAAGACACACGUACUUGAUUUCAUAGACAUGAGUGAUCGCGACACACAGGCGAAUCUUGAGAUUGCUUUGCUAGCAUGCCUCAGCAAACGUUCUAUCAGUCACAAAAUCAGCAGCAUUACCUUGGACAAUGGGUCGGAUAAUGUUGCCAUGCUGGAAAAUCUCAUUAAUGCUCUUGAAUUGGGAUUGGAUCCAGAAGCAGAUGUAUGAAUCAUGUUUAAUCGAGUGUUUAUUGAUUCGUUCCGAUCUUUUGAAAAGCACCACGCUGGCCUGCUUUCGAGAUUCGACAAGCUCUCAUACUAUACCAGCAGCAAUGUCUUCACUAGAGAAAAACUUAAAGCUUAUCUUCCUUGUUCUAUCUCAAAUUAUAACACAACAAGAUGCCUAUCACGCUUCCGUCGGCUUGAGACCUUUCUGAGUGUAUCCAAACAAAAGGCGAAGAGGUUUUACUGGAAACACCGGCUUGAUGCAGAAUAUCAACUGAGACAAUUUGAU